UGAGAUGAGAUCCUAGAUGAUACACGGUUUGAAAACAAUCCGUACCGCAAUCGAGCUCGAAACCCAUCGCUUUAACACUAAUUGGAACUAAUGGAGCAGCAUUUCGGAUUCAUGUAGCACACAAACACACACACAUACGGGAGAUUCUUAGCAAAUCGUAGCUUCGCGUGCUGCGAAAGAUUUUUUCGGAUAUUUCUAGUUUCUAAAAGUAACGCAUAGCAUAUGAUAUCAAACGGGAAGGCGAGGGUCAAACUCGAAGCACAGGUGUACAAAGUGUAUAGCUGGCUACUGGAUAGUGUGUAUCGUUUACGAAUAGUUUUUAUCGUGCAGCACAUAAAGCAUCAGAAUCAUUCACGCAACCUACAUAUACAUAUAAAAAACACGAAACCGCACAACGAUUGGCGGGGAGGGAAUGAGACGAAACGAGGAAGAUUGCCAAAUGAGCAUUCGUCUUUGUAACUGCAAGAACUGUAAAAUCCAACAUGUAAUAAAUGAGUAUUAAAUGAAAACGUAUCGAGCACUAAUGUCGAGUCCAGUAACAACGUGGCAGGGAAAGCGAAUAAUCCACACCCACAAAUACCUAGUAGCUGAACUCCAGGGAAGACAUGGAACACGAAAAGGGUAUGAUCCAGGAUGCGAGAAGGCAAACUUCUCGCUCAUAUCCACCACCACCAUCACCGGCCGGUUGAGCUGAGUUUUAUCAUUCCAAACUGAACCACUAAGAGCUUCUGAAACAUAAGUAUGUAGCUGAGCGAAAUUGAACAUGAAAUAAUAGAUUUUACUAGAAAAGACAGAUACAGGACAUCCCCUUUCCAGGCUAAACGAAACAAUUCCGAGGUGAAAUUGAUGAAUAUAGAACCCGACGCAGCAUAGAAUCAAAUAAUAGAGUUGGCAGCAGUGCAGGUAGCACAUAAAAUCGUCUGUAAUCCGUGAAAGGCCAUCAGCCAGUGGGGUUUUAACUAACAACAUCCAAAGUGUAGGUUUUCAUUGGGGGAAAAAGAAGAACGCAUAAGAUAAAUGCAUUUCAUCGAUAACAACCGUUUUUUGGGCUAGAUUGGUAUAUCCUGACAAACACACAAACACACAGACACUAUAUCCUAGCCGUGUAAUGAUAGAAUCGUUCGACUUCGACCGACAUUCUAAACAGAAAUAAAGAAUCAAUGGACAAAAGUAUCAUUAAAACAAACUGG